AGCAUGAGCUAACCACUUCCCCUUCUUGUAUCACAAUCAAGAGAGCAAAUGUUCACCACAGAAUGGCAAACAUUGAAACAAACUGUAUGGCCACGUGACAGGUUUUUACAGCUGCAAGAAGAUUGAAAUCUAUACAAUACCACCGUCUGUCAGUCUACUGUUUGCGUGUGAAGCCAUAACUACUGUAUGGAGCACAUGUUGGCGUUGGCGGUCACACCUUGGUUUGAUUUGCUUUUUUUACACACAUAGAGAGACAAGACAAUGCACCAGUGGAGAUGACGCUGAUUACAUCCCAAUCAGGGCACGGGUCCCUAGGAAAGGCAUCAUGUGGCGACAACAUGACUGAAUGGGAAGAGCUCAUGGACAAGCUGUACACAUAUUUCUACCUGUUGCUCUUCAUCCCAGGGCUGCUGCUAAACACCACGGCUCUGUGGGUCCUCUGCAGACACAUUCGGAAGAAGACCAAGACUGUCAUCUUCAUGAUAAAUCUGGCCUUGGCAGAUUUGAUUCACAUCCUCUCUCUGCCCCUAAGGAUUUAUUAUUAUUUAACACACACGUGGCCCUUUGGACACAGUAUUUGCCUGUUCUGCUUUUACCUUAAGUAUCUCAACAUGUAUGCAGCCAUCGGAUUCUUGGUGUGCAUCAGUGUACAGAGGUGCUUCUUCCUGCUUGACCCCUUCUCUACUCGAAGGUGGAGGAGCCGCUAUGACCUUGUGAUCAGUAUAUUGGUGUGGGUGCUUGUUGCUGUGGCCUGCUCCCCAUUCAUCCUCAUGCGCACCAAUAGCAGCAGCACAUCUCCCUCAACUCUCUCAUUAAACAAGACCUCAUUUGUGAAUGUCACCUUCAGUCAGCAGUCCAAAACUUACACAGGGCUCAACGUGACAUCUUUGAGCGCCGGCCUCGGUGGGUUCAAGAAUGUGACUCAGAUCGGCUGUUUUAAAGACUUGCCCAUACGCGAUGUGUCCCUCUCUCUGGCUGUCACCUUAAUGGUGUUGGCUGAGGUGUUUGGUUUCAUGAUUCCUCUAUCUUGCAUCAGCUAUAGCUCCAUCCGCAUCAGCCGCUCUCUCUAUCAGAAAAAGAACGACGUUUCGAGCAACUCGACUCCUGGUCCCUCGAUGCGGAGUCGACUCUGCGUGUUCACCUGCGCAGAUAGGAACCAUGAGAAGCCGCAGGCCAAUGGGGAGAAGCGGCGUGCCCUGCGAAUGGUGCUGAUUUGCUCCUUUGUCUUCUUGCUGUGCUUUGCCCCGUACCACAUCAACUUUUUGCUUUAUCUGAUGGUGCAGCAGGACUUAGUGUCUGCGUGUGCCACCAGGGUGGCCGUGCUCCAGUUCCACCCUGUGUCCCUAUGCAUCGCCAACCUGAGCUGCUGCCUUAACCCGCUGCUCUACUACUUCCUAACAGCUGAAUUCAGGUUGCAUCUCAGUAAGCGUACCUCCUCUUUCGCUUCCUCUUCGGUCAACUCUCAGCAUCCUGUGGUGCACAGAUUGUUGAGCUCUGGGAGUGGCUCUUCCAAAUGAGAGUAAAACUAAAACAUCUUUUGAGGGUUAGCAAAUACACAGUACUUUAUUCUAUAUGGAUAUAGACAGGAUAUCGAUUCUGUUGAAUUGACAAAAAUCACCAUCAAGUCGAACUGACCCAAACAUUCUCCGACCUUAUUUCCAGAGAACGUUCUCCCAGCCAAAGAAUUACAAGACAUGAUUACACAUUACAAGCAGAUGUUUGAGAUGUUUUAUCCGUUUAUCAGUCAUUACCUGAAUGGAAAUGUAUAGCACAUACAGUAAGUAGUAAUGUCUUUUUUUGAUCUGCAAAUAAAAGCUCUUGCUUACCUACAAUUUCAGGACAAAACAUGGUUACAUAAUCCAAUGAUUGUGUGUGUGUGUGUGUGUGUGUGUGUGUGU